AUGAGUUGGAUGUUCCUCAGAGGUCUCCUGAGUGGAGUAAAUAAAUACUCCACUGGGAUUGGACGGAUUUGGCUGGCUGUUGUGUUUGUCUUCCGUUUGCUGGUCUACAUGGUGGCAGCAGAGCAUGUGUGGAAAGAUGAGCAGAAAGAGUUUGAGUGCAACAGUAGACAGCCCGGUUGUGAAAAGUGUUUUGAUGACUUCUUCCCCAUUUCCCAAGUCAGACUUUGAGCCUUACAACUGAUCAUGGUCUCCACACCUUCGCUUCUGGUGGUUUUACAUGUAGCCUAUCGUAAGAGUAGAGAGAAAAGGCACAGAAACAAACUCUAUGUCAGCCUAGGUACAAUGGAUGGUGGUCUAUGGUACACUUAUCUUAUCAGCCUCAUUGUUAAAACUGGUUUUGAAAUUGGCUUCCUUGUUCUAUUUGAUAAGCUAUAUGAUGGCUUUAGUGUUCCCUACCUUAUAAAGUGUGAUUUGAAGCCUUGUCCCAACACUGUGGACUGCUUCAUCUCCAGACCCACUGAAACGAUCUUCAUCCUCUUCUUGGUCAUCACCUCAUGCUUGUGUAUUGUGUUGAAUUUCAUUGAACUGAGUUUUCUGGUUCUCAAGUGCUUUAUUAAGUGCUGUCUCCAAAAAUAUUCAAAAAAACCCAAUUCCUCAGUGUGUGAGUGCCACAGCCUCAGACAUGUUGAAUGUGGUAGGAGAGGGACCCUACUCCAGAAUCAUAAUUCACACUUGGCCAUAAACAUACUCCCACUACCUGAAGCAAAGCUACUUGGUGACACACACGAGGGUUACACAAAGAAAACCUGCAUCCCUCCUCAGCAAGGCCUAAGCUGA